AUGGAGACCCAGACGAGGGGGCGGGCCGUCACCUGCAGUCGAGGAGAAAAGCGACCAGGCAAGAAGAGGCCGAGGCACGAACAUCUCGCCAAGCGCAAGCGCGUGGAAGGAGAAGAUGAAGAUGACGGGUCGAUUCCCGUCCCGGGUUCACCCGGGGCUGCAACAGGCGUGAUCACGCCCAGCACGGCCUCGGAGCACCCCUUCGAAGCCGACCCUCGUGACCACGCCGAGACGCCCUUCCAGGCCUAUCGCGACAUCGCCCCGCUCCUCCGCGCCCUCGCCCAGCGGCUCUACGGUUCUGUUGUCGGCGAUGCCAACGACGACGCCGAUGGCGGUGUGGCCGCCGCGUCGCGUCAGCUGCGCAUCUACGACCCGUACUUCUGCGAGGGCAGCAUGGUGGCCUACCUGGCGCGGCUGGGCUUCACCAACGUGUACAACCGCAACGAGGACUUCUACGGCGUGGUGGCGGCCGGGCGGGUGCCGGACUUUGACGUGCUGGUCACUAACCCGCCCUUCUCGGGCGACCACAUGGAGCGCAUCGUGCGGUGGGCCGAGGGCUGCGGCCGGCCGUGGCUCCUCCUCAUGCCCGACUUCGUCGCCAACAAGCCCUACUACCACGCCUUCCGCCAUCGCUGCACCAGCACCAGCGCCGCCAGCGGCAAGCCCGUCUAUAUAGGACCCACCAGGCAGGCCUACGUGUUCGCCGCGCCGCUGCACACGCCCGACGGCGUCACACCGCUCGUCGGCCAGCGGCCCGCCACGGCCGUGGUGCCCGCAGGAUUGAAGAGGAGAGCCGCAGACAAGAACGAAGACGACGAAAACGAAGACGACGAAGGUGAGGGUGCAGGGAAGGUGCAGGUGCUACCGGCGGGGUGCUUCCAGUGCGUGUGGUUCGUGCACCUCGGGGAAGCGCACGCGGAGGCGGUGCUGGCGCGGUGGCACGAGGAGCACUCGGCGGCAGAGGCCGAGGCCACGAUCGCGAGCGAGGCCCGGCUGCUGCCGCAGCUCACCAUCGCCAGGCGACCCACCCCGGCCGAGCGGCGCUGGCGCAAGAAGCAGCGACGCCUGCUUGCAGAGGGCCGGCCAACCAGCGACGCCGGCGGGGAUCAUGCUCCCAUGAUCACCAGCGGUGUUGGUCAUCAGGGCGCAGGCGAGGGCAGCAGCAGCGCAAGUGGAGGACGAAGAGGCCUCCUGCAGCCAAUGGCAGUGCGGCCGGACGAGAGUGGUGGUGUUGGGCGAGGACACCAGCGGGCAGCCCAGAAGAAGGGCCGAGGAGGGAGGACGGGCGGUGGUGUAGGCGGGCCACGAGCAAAGGCGCACCAGACAUAA